AUGGGGACGCUGGUGGUUGGUGCCGAGUACUAUGACCUGGUGGCCACGGUGGGGAAGGGAACAUUCGGGGAGGUGACCCAGGGCUGGCGGAGGAGCACAGGGGAGAUGGUGGCCAUCAAGAUCCUGAAGAACGAAGGCCACCAUGGCAGGGUGGUGAAGAAUGAGCUGAGGCUGCUGCAGGCCUUGCGGGAGGUGAACACGGAAGAGUCACAUGUCGUCCGUUUCCUCGAGUCCUUCGGAGAUGGUGCCUGUACCUACCUGGUCUUCGAGCUGCUGGAGCAAAACCUCUUUGACUUCCAAAAGCGGAACAACUUCUUGCCGUUGCCCGUCCGGCACAUCCGUACCAUCACAGCGCAGGUGCUGGCAGCAUUGGUCAAGCUGAAGGAGCUCUCUAUCAUCCACGCCGACCUCAAGCCAGAGAACAUCAUGCUGGUGGACCAUGCGCGCUAUCCUUUCCGUGUCAAGCUCAUUGACUUCGGCUCGGCGAGCAUCGUCACUGAGGUCUGCCAUGUCAAGGAACCCUACAUCCAAUCCCGCUUCUACCGGGCACCAGAGAUCUUGUUGGGGUUGCCUUUCUGCGAGAAGGUGGACAUCUGGUCUUUGGGUUGCGUGGUGGCUGAGCUUCACUUGGGUUGGCCGCUCUACCCUGGCAUCAACGAGUACGACCAGGUCCGCUACAUCUGCUCCACCUUAGGGCUACCACGGGGCGAGUUGCUCUGCGCUGCUCGGAAGACGCGGUCCUUCUUCCAACGGGUGCCACAUCCCACUGGUUCCUGGCAGCUCAAACCACCAGGCAAGGAGAUGGCGAAGCCAAUGGAGAGGAGGAAGUAUGUCUUCUCCUCGCUGGAUCAGUUGGCGGUAGUGAACAUCCGCCCCGUGUCUUAUCCUGGCCAGGAGGCACUGGCCGAGCACUGUGACCUGUGUGGGAUGGUGGAGCUGGUCAAGAGGAUGCUCACCUGGGACUCACAUGAGAGGAUCAUGCCCAGCACCGCCCUCAAGCAUCCCUUCAUCUCCUUGCAGCAGGUGAAGUCCAGCUUCAAGGCCACUCGGUACUACCAGCUCUGCCAAGAGGACUUGAGGGCAUGCCACAAGGAUGCCAGCACGGUUGAGAUCUUCCCUGGCAUGGAGGAAGGUGCCUUCAUCCCCGACGACCAGUGCAGCAUCCAGAAGGCCAUCGCCCAGAUGGAUAAGCUCAGCCUGGCUGAACUGGUUGGGGACACCAGUGACAAGAGCCAGCAGGAUGUCUGCCAAGCCCCCAUCCCCACCCACUACGGCAACCGGCACCGCCAGCAUCACCGGCGUCCCAAGACGGAGCCCACUGCCAGUAACCUGAUCUUGCUGGGGUCCCCUGGCAGACGGGAGCAGCACAGCCACUGCAAUGGCAGCAUGGUCUUUGGUGGCAUUGUGGAGCAGAACCUGCCUAGAAGACCAUGCAACUCGCUCCACACCAAGGUGCUUCGGGUCCCUUGA